GGGUACAUCAUGAUUUAACCAGCUGCCCGUUCGUUUCUCCCCCUGCUGAAUGAACGGCGGCGAGGUCCCGCGUGCGCCGGUACACGGUUUGUGAGAGGAAGCUCGAGGUCCCAGGUGCAGCCAUGCCCAUCUCCCUGCUAUGGGCAGUGGAUGUGUAUGGGCGGGUCUACAGCUUGUCCACUGCGGGACAGCAGUGGGAGCAUUGCCGCGAUGCCCAGAUGGAGUUCAAGCGGGCGACAGCGGCUCAGCAGUGCUGCUGGGGCAUCGCGUGCGACAAUAAAAUCUACUUGAACGUCCACGCUUCUGACUUGCCCGUCCGCUACCAGGAGGAGACCUACGAGAAUCAACGCUGGAAUCCUGUUGAUGGUUUCUCGGAGCGUUUGUUGCCGAGCGACCGCUGGCAGUGGAGUGAUGUCACGGGGCUGCAACACCAACCCUUGGACAGUUUUCAACUUCCCUCUAACAGCUGGGAGUGGGAGGGAGACUGGUAUGCAGAUGAAAACUUUGAGGGAGAGCCCACAGAGAAAGGGGGAUGGACCUACGCCAUCGACUUCCCGGCCACCUACACCAAAGACAAGAAGUGGAACUCCUGUGUCCGUCGGAGGCGAUGGCUCCGCUACAGGAGAUACAAAGCCAUGGACACCUGGGCUAAGAUCCCUUCACAGCGGACGACUCUACCAGAUCCUUUCAGCGACAUCAGCUGUGGAGGCUGGGAGAUCAAUGAGGAGCCCAGGGGCCGGCUCUCACUGUGGGCCGUGUCCCUACAGGGCAAGGUGUGGUUCAGAGAGGGUAUCUAUCACCACAAUCCUGAGGGCUCUUUGUGGGAGGAGGUGCCGCUCCCUGGGGAGGUCGUCCAGAUCAGCUGUGGCCCAGGGGACCUGGUCUGGGCGGUGCUGUGGGAGGGGCAGUUCAUUGUCAGGGAGGGCAUUGGCCGAGAUUGCCCCAAAGGUGCCUCGUGGGCGGUGGUGGACUCUCCCAGCCCUGAUGUGGGAGCCAUACAUGUGGCCGUGGGAGUCAAUGUUGUUUGGGCCGUGACCAAAGACAACAAAGUGUGGUUCAGACGUGGUGUAAACUCCCACAAUCCCUGUGGCUCUGGCUGGAUCAGCAUGGUUGGAGAAAUGAUCAUGAUCAACGUCGGACUCAAUGAUCAGGUGUGGGGUAUCGGCUGUGAGGACCGCGCGGUGUACUUCAGACAAGGUGUGACCUCCAGUGAGCUCAGUGGGAAAACUUGGAAGGUUAUCAAUAUUCCCCGAGAUGGAGAUCGAUCCCACUCCAGUGCCAGCGCAACCAGCCUGCAGAGUGCUGGAUGUUACUUCUGUGGUGAGGUGCGUGGUCAGUCAGUAGUGAGUGAUGUGGAAUCAGACACGGAGAAAGGAUCUGCAGAUGCAGCCGCCUGCUUUGCCACCUCUGAGUCCCCCGAGUCCUUUGUUGAUGCCCCCACAGAUCACACGUCUGACCAGCCCUCCGACGUCCCCAAACCCCGCAUCCCCAAAGUCACCAGCGACAGCUUCAUCUCCGAACUCGUGUCUGAUCGAGAACCUGCAAAGACCUUAAGAGAUGUCGGAUCCGCAGCUCCCGCUGUUCUGGAGGAGGAGACCGUAUCUGGAGAAGGAGAGGUCAAAGCUCCCUGUACUGAUGUCGCUCUCACCCCCAGCCAGUCUGGAGGUCCUCUUGACCCCCAGUGGAGUAACGUGGACCUGGAGGAGGUACAGGUCCAGCAGGCCCAGACCGGAGCAGUGCUGGAAUCAGCCGAUACUUGCAGCUUGUCAUCGGUUGCGACGUACACUCUUGCCGUAGAGGACCCGUAUGGGGCAGAUGAGCAUCCGCUGUGGGCGUGGGUCAGUGGAGGAGGCUGCUCCGUGGACAGUCACUCCCAGCUCAACUGGUUCAACUGCUCAAUGAACACGUCAUCUCUGAUCCAGUCAGUCCAGUCCAUGAGUCUGUCUGUAACCCCAGCCCAGACGGCAGCCUGGCGGAGACAAAUCUUUGAACAACUCAGUGAGAGGACCAAGAGAGAGAUGGAUAAUUUCCGACAUUAUGAACAAGCCAUAGAACAGUCUGUGUGGGUGAAGAAGGGAACCAUGCAGUGGUGGAGAGACUGGAAGCCGCACAAGUGGAUAGACGUUCAUUUUGCCUUAGAGCAGUUCUCAGGGCCAGAGGGCAACAAGGACGGCAUCCUUUUCAUCUAUUACAACUUCUACGAGGAGAAGAAGUACCUGCAUGCCUUCAUCAAUGAGGUCACCAUCCUAGUUCCUGUGCUAAAUGACUCCAAACACACUUUUGCCAUCUACACCCCUGAGCGGACCAAACAGAGGUGGCCGAUCAGAUUGGCAGCAGCCACUGAGCUGGAAAUGCACGACUGGCUGGCAUUGCUGAGUGUGUCAUGCUGCGACUCCAGAGGGAUCCAGGGUCCUCCCUCCAAACAGGCCAUCUGGUCCAUCACCUGUAAAGGAGACGUCUUUGUCAGUGAGCCCUCUCCUAGUCUGGAGGCCAUGCCUUACCCGACACCCUGCGACCAAAUGUUCUGGCGGCAGGUUGGAGGUCACAUGCGUGUGGUGGAGUGUAACAGCGUUGGGAUAGCGUGGGGGGUUGGCUUUGACCACACCGCUUGGGUCUACACCGGGGGCUACGGAGGGGGCUUCUUCCAGGGACUGGCCAGCAGCACAGAUAACAUCUACACACAGACUGAUGUCAAGAGCGUCUACAUCUAUGAGAACCAGAGGUGGAACCCCGUCACAGGCUACACCAACAGAGGUCUACCCACAGACCGCUACAUGUGGAGUGAUGCAUCAGGACUCCAUGAGUGCACAAAAACAAAUACCAAACCUCCCUCACCUCAGUGGACAUGGGUGUCUGACUGGGCCAUCGACUACAGUGUCUCUGGGGGGACAGACAGAGAAGGUUGGCAAUAUGCAGCUGAUUUUCCGGCGUCAUAUCACGGCUAUAAAACGAUGAAGGACUUUGUCCGUCGCAGGCGAUGGGCCAGGAAAUGUAAACUGACCACUACAGGACCCUGGCAAGAAAUCCCACCCAUCCCACUGAGUGACGUGACCAUCCUGCCGUGUGCCGCUCAGAGCAGCGUGGACGUGGUUCCUUUGUGGGCGAUCAGCAACAAGGGAGACGUGCUCUGCCGACUGGGAGUCACCGCACUGACACCUGCUGGAUCCUCGUGGCUCCACGUAGGAACUGACCAGCCUUUCAAGUCCGUCUCCAUCGGUGGUGCCAGCCAGGUUUGGGCCAUUGCAAAGGACGGUUCUGCCUUUUAUCGGGGAUCUGUUUCUCCUCAGAGCCCUGCAGGAGACUGUUGGUACCACAUCCCCUCCCCGGCCAAACAGAAGCUAAAGCAGGUGUCUGUCGGGAGGACAUCAGUCUACACUGUAGAUGAAAAUGGAAACUUGUGGUACAGACAGGGUGUGACCCCCAGCUACCCCCAGGGCUCCUCCUGGGAACACAUCUCUAAUAAUGUUCGCAAGGUCUCUGUAGGGCCUCUGGACCAGGUGUGGAUCAUAGCAGACAAGGUGCAGGGCAGCCACAGUCUGAGCUGUGGGACAGUGUGCCAUCGACUCGGAGUCCAACCCAUGGAGCCCAAAGGACAGUUGUGGGACUACGGCAUUGGGGGUGGAUGGGAUCACAUCACAAUCAGAGGGAACUCCAUGGAGCCGCCCCGCAUCCGUCUUCCCUCUCUAACAGACCCGUCCGCCCCGGCCCCUCGGAGCCCCCUCCUGGUCAGGAACACGGAGGUCAACGGCAAUGCUGUGGGAUGCUAGAUGCACACACAGGCAAAGGUUGCACACAUACUGCGCAUAGACAUCCUCAACUAUAUUACCAUGGUAGUAAAGUUUUGUUUAAAACCAUUUCUACUUUUAACGCUGAAGUAGCAGCAGUCACAGUUUAACUGAAACUCCAGAGAGCAGCCUCCAGCCCUCAUGUCACCCGAGUCCGUGUAGCAGAAAGUUUAGAUUAUUUAGUCUCUGACUGUUGUUCUUUGUUCUAAGCAUUCAUCUCCUUGGUACGGGCAUUUCUCUUGUCAUUGUCAUUUCUUGCUGUUUCUGCGUGUCUGAACGUGACGGUCUUAAUGCAUUUUGUUUAUUUAUUUAUCAGGGUGUGAUGUUUCUGUUGGUUGGGUGGUCGCUCUCUUUACCACGUGUAAAGUCAAGGUGAAGGUGGAAGGGUGAGGUUUUUUUUUAAAAGAUGUAUUUUAUGA